ACAGAGUGCACUUAUACAGGCACCAUGGAGUGAUUCAGGAUUGCUCCCGAAGCAGCUGCCGUCAGCAGCUAGAGACCUGAAGCACUAACUAGUUAUCUUCUGCAGAAUUGCUGUUGAUCAGCCUAAAAAAUAAUACAACAAGAUGGCUGGCAAGACCAUGCAAGCGGCGCGAUGUCCGACUGACGAACUCUCGCUGACCAACUGUGUGGUAGCCAACGAGAAGGACUUCAAGUCAGAACAACACGUGAUGAUCAGGACCACGCCCACUCACAAGUACGUCUUCACUGUGAGGACGCAUCAGAGCGUGCUGCCGGGAACCCUCGCCUUCAGCUUACCGCAGAGAAAAUGGGCAGGUCUCUCGCUCACUCAAGAUGUGGAAGUCAGCAUUUAUAACUUUGACAAGUCCAAGCAGUGCAUUGGGACGAUGAGUCUGGAGAUCGACUUCCUCCAGAAGAAGAACGCAGACAGCAACUCGUACGACUCGGACAAGAUGGCCAUCGAGUUCAUCCAGAGUUUCAACUCUCAGGCGUUCUGCUCGGGUCAGCAGUUCGUCUUCAGCUUCUGUGACAAGCUCUUUCUGCUGGUUGUUAAAGGCAUGGAGGCGAUGGACGCCAGCAUCCUGAGGGGCGAGAGCUCCAGCAAGAGAAACAAGAUCGAGGUCGGCUUGCUGCACGGUAACAGCCAGGUGAUUUUUGAAAAGGCAGAGAGCUCCUCCAUUAACCUGAUUGGUAAGGCGAAGUCUCGAGGCGCGCGACAGUCCAUCAUUAACCCCGACUGGAACUUUGAGCGGAUGGGAAUCGGAGGCCUGGACAAGGAAUUCUCCGACAUCUUCCGCAGAGCCUUCGCCUCUCGGGUUUUCCCGCCGGACAUCGUGGAGCAGAUGGGUUGUAAGCAUGUUAAAGGUAUUCUGCUGUUCGGCCCUCCUGGCUGCGGUAAGACACUGAUGGCGCGUCAGAUCGGGAAGAUGCUGAACGCCCGAGAGCCCAAGGUGGUCAACGGCCCCGAGAUCCUCAACAAAUAUGUAGGAGAGUCAGAGGCCAACAUCCGGAAACUGUUUGCUGAUGCCGAGGAUGAGCAGAAAAGGCUGGGAGCUAACAGUGGCCUUCACAUCAUCAUAUUCGAUGAGAUCGAUGCCAUUUGUAAGCAGCGAGGCAGCAUGGCGGGCAGCACCGGCGUCCACGACACCGUGGUCAACCAGCUGCUGUCCAAAAUCGACGGCGUGGAGCAGCUCAACAACAUCCUGGUUAUAGGCAUGACUAAUCGCCCAGACCUGAUCGACGAGGCUCUGCUCAGACCCGGAAGACUGGAGGUCAAGAUGGAGAUCGGUCUGCCGGACGAGUCCGGUCGUGUCCAGAUCCUGAACAUCCACACGGCUAAAAUGAGGCAGUCCCAAAUGCUGGCGAACGACGUGGACAUCAAGGAGCUGGCCGUCGAGACCAAGAACUACAGCGGGGCGGAGUUAGAGGGACUCGUCCGAGCGGCGCAGUCCACCGCCAUGAACCGUCACAUCAAGGCCAGUACUCAGGUGGAGGUGGACACUGAGAAGGCUCAGUCACUGCAGGUCAGCCGGAGUGACUUCUGGGCAUCGCUGAAUAAUGACAUCAAACCCGCAUUCGGCACCAAUCAGGAGGAUUACUCCAGCUACAUCCUGAACGGUAUUGUGAAGUGGAGUAACGCCGUGUCUGACGUCCUGGGAGACGGAGAGCUGCUGGUGCAGCAGACUAAGAACAGUGAGCGCACGCCGCUAGUGACGGUGCUGCUGGAAGGUCCACCUCACAGCGGUAAGACCGCUCUGGCAGCUAAAAUCGCAGAGGAAUCUCAAUUCCCCUUCAUCAAAAUCUGCUCUCCCGACAAGAUGAUCGGCCACUCGGAGAUCGCCAAAUGUCAGGCCAUCAAGAAGAUAUUCGAUGAUGCCUAUAAGUCUCAGCUGAGCUGUGUGGUGGUGGAUGAUAUCGAACGGCUCCUGGACUUUGUUCCGAUCGGACCUCGUUUCUCAAACUCCGUUCUUCAGGCCCUGCUGGUGCUGCUGAAGAAGGCACCUCCUCGCGGUCGUAAGCUGCUGAUCUUGGGCACCACCAGUCGUAAGGACGUGCUGCAGGAGAUGGGGAUGCUGGACGCCUUCAGCACAACCAUCCACAUCCCCAACAUCUCCAGAGGAGAACACCUGAUGGAGGCACUGGAGCUGCUGGGAGGCUUCCAGGAAGAUGAACGUGCGCAAAUUGCCAAGGAAGUGAAAGGCAAAGGAGUGUGGCUCGGCAUUAAGAAGCUACAAAUGCUCAUUGAGAUGUCCCUGCAGAUGCCACAUGAAUACCGAGUUAAGAAGUUUUUGGCUCUGCUGACAGAAGAGGGCGCAUUGGGCUCUGAUAAGCAUGUGACUUUAUAAAGCACCGCCGCUGGAGCACGCCACUCGCAGGCUGUCACGGAGUGUCGUGCCGUGUCUUAUCGUGUGCUGCUGCUGAAUCGACGCCGUCACUCCGUCCUGUCCAACACGAGCUCUAACUGGUUAGCGACUCCACUGGACACUGCACACGGACACUGGUGAAGUGAUCAGUGCCACGCUGGUGGAGGCUGUCCAUUGAAACUGGAUGUGUGUGUGUGUGUGUGUGUGUUUGUAUAUAAUAAGGUAUGUUCAUUGAUCAGUGUGUGUAUCCAUACACCUAGGCAUUAAACAUUCCUGUAUAAUCUAAAACGAUGCCUUAGUCUUAAUCCCGGUCACUUGAAGUUAGAGAGACUCGCAUUCUUCACUUUAGUGAAAGACAACUUCCUUUUUUAGGGAAUUUUUUAAAAAUUAUUUUUAGCUCCAUGUUGGACUAUAGGCUUGUGAGAUAAAAUGACAUAAUCUGCCCUGAAGGAUAUAAUGAUAUCCAGUGACUUUCAUUGUCCAUAUUAUUUAUUAUAAUAAUAAUAAUAAUUCUUAAUAAUAAUAAUAAUUAUUAUUAUCAACUGUUUUGCAUUUUUUUCCACACAAAUUUAACACUUUAAAAUUCACCAUUUUUUUUUUGGCUUCACCAACAGUCUAAAGAGCUGCAUAUUGAAUUUUUAU